AUGGCUCCCUCUAUCUCCAGCGAGACCGCAGUCCCUUCGGGAAAAGGCCCUAGACUAGUACCUAUGAAACUCAGCGGUGCUCUGGAUGCUUUUGAGUCAUUUGAUGUCACUCCAGUCAUUGGACGCGAAUAUCCCAACGCAAGCCUGAAGGACUUCCUGUGUGCUCCGAACUCCGAUGCAUUGCUCCGAGAUCUUGCUAUUACCAUUUCUCAGCGAGGAGUGGUCUUCUUCCGCAAGCAGGAUGGCCUCACAGACAAGAUGCAGAAGGAACUAGCUCAGCGGCUUGGUGAGCUCUCGGGAAAACCGAAGACCUCCGGACUCCAUAUCCACCCGGUUGCCAACUCCCGCCGGGAGAUAAGUGUCAAGGACGAUGAAAUCAGCGUGAUCAACUCCACAGAGGGCAAGAAGCUGUACAAAUCGCGUGUGAUCCGCCACCAGACCGCCAGAAAGGAGUGGCACAGCGACAUCACUUUCGAGCCCGUUCCGAGCGACUAUACUAUCUUGCGGUUGACCGUUCUCCCUAGGACUGGCGGAGAUACUCUGUGGGCUUCCGGAUACGAAUUAUAUGACCGCCUCUCACCACCGUACCAGAAAUUCCUGGAAGGGUUGGAUGUCACGUUUUCGCAGCCUCAAUUCAACCAAUUUGCGAAGGAUAGCGGCUUUGAGAUUUUCAAAGGCCCGCGUGGUGCUCCUGAGAAUGUCGGCGAAGAACUGCGUGCGGUCCACCCGCUGAUCCGCACCAACCCUGUGACAGGAUGGAAGAGUGUCUUCGCUGUCGGCACCCAUGUGGAGAAGAUUAACGGACUGAGUGACGAGGAGAGCAAGCAUCUCACCGACUGGUUCGUGAACUUGAUCAUGGAGAACCAUGAUCUGCAAGUGCGCCACCGUUGGGAAAACCCCAAUGACCUCGCAAUCUGGGAUAACCGAUCCACAUAUCACGCAGCAACCUGGGACUAUGAAGAUAUUGGUCCACGAGCUGGUCACCGCGCUGUCAGCCUGGGCGAAGUGCCGUUUUAUGACCCAGCGAGCACUGGAAGACGGGAAGCGUUGGAGAAAGAAGCACUGGAGAAAGGAGAAUAA